AUGACCGAAGACAACUAUCCACGCGCAUGGGAGCUGCUGAACGAGCAGUACGAUAAUAAGAGAGAGUUAUCACGCUCCAAUUUCUCCAAGUUUACCGCCGUGGCUAAGAUGAAGAGCGAAACUGAGGAGGAGCUUAACCGCAUCUCCAACGCCGUGACCAGGGUAGUCAACGGCCAGGAGAGCAUCGACAGGCCUAUCGGCUCUCAUGGCUUCGAGCUACUAAAUCAUCUUGUCGUCGAGCUCUUCGAUCCAAGAACUCGCCUGGAGUGGGAGUCACUCUCAAGCGCCUCGAGCGACAUGCCCACUCAUAAAGAGCUGAUGAACUUCAUAAACAAAAGGGCACGUACUCUCAAAGCCGCCAAGGCAAAAUCGCUCAAGAUCUCCGACAAUCCGUCGCGAUCUGCCAAGUCGCAUCACGUCAAGAAACACACCGAGUCUUCUCAAUGCGUCCUAUGCAAGGGUAAGCACCACGUGAUGGUGUGUGAAGAAUUCAAGAAAAAAUCCGCGGUCGACCGCAAGGCCGUCGCCGAAACUCACAAGCUGUGCUUCAACUGCCUCGGCUCUCAUACAUUCGCGAAGUGCCAGUCGACGAAGACAUGUGCCACGUGCAAGUCUCGUCACCACUCAAUGUUACACGACGUGUACGCUUCACCGAAACCUCAAGAGGUCAGCUCACUGUCGGCAGUGCGCCGCGACAACGACCACAAGGCUAUUUUGCUCGCAACUGCGCGAGUUUCCAUCGCUGAUCGUCACGGCAUACUACAUGCGUGCUCAUCGACCAAGGUUCGGAAAUUUCUUUGA